UCGGAAUUUCACUUUUCCGGUCAACUUUUCCGCCUCCGAGAACCAUCUCUCCCGGUUUCCGGUAGCCCCCACCGCCACGGAGACCGCUCGGUUUCCGAUCUCCGGCGAUCCUGGAUUCGUUGAGUGUCGAUCAAGGGUUGCUGGAGGAGCUGGAUUAGUCAUAACUAGUUCUGUCCUGAAUUUGAAUAGAGAGUUUGGAGUUUAGUGGUGUUUUGUAGCCAUUUGUACGAGUGCUUUUGGGGUUUUCUGGGUAGUUGGGUGAUUGUUAGUUACUUGAUUUGGAAAGAUAUGACUUUGGCCACGCCCAAAGGCUCAGUUUCGAUGAAUCAGUACCCGAAAAUUGUUUCCUGGAUUGGUGUUUCGGUGGCAGGGUUGGCUAUGUUUCUGCUUUUUGCUUCAUGGGUUUUAGUUUCGUUCCCAAUUGGUUCCACGGUUUCGGGGUAUUUCUAUGGUGUUGAUAGUUUGCUGAAGCUAGAGCUUUCCGGUACUUCAGGCAAUCAGAGUGUGGUUGAUUCGCCUAUUCCGAACAAUGUAGUUAUGUCCGACAAGGAGGAGACGUCCGAGUCUAGUUCAGAAGUUCCCACGAGUUUAAAUAGUCCGGUGGAUGGGUCGGAAGGUAAAGAUGUGAAAGAUCUGCCAGAUGUGCCGGUAGUUGAUGAGAAUGGUGCAUCAGGGAAACCGGUUGAUACACAAGUGCCUUCUGGUUCGAGUAGUUCUUCAGCUGAUGAGAAUGUGGAAACAACUCAUCAGACUUUGUCCAAUGAUACCAACUCACAUGUGUCCUUGAGUACAACUCACAACGAGGAUGAAGAUGUAGCAAAACCUGCUCUUGGAUCAUCCAAUGUUACUGAAAUUUCUGUGGUUCCGGAAACAAAUGAUAGUACUCCCUCUUCUACUGAUUCCAAAUCAGGAGGCAAUCCAGCUUCAUCUGAUCUGCCCAAUGAUGCAAGUAGUGGUUCAGUCGAUACAGGCUGUGAUCUGUACCAUGGAAGUUGGUUUUAUGAUCCAUUAGGACCACAGUAUACAAACAAUACAUGCCCUGUCAUAACACAGAUGCAAAAUUGCCAGGGAAAUGGGAGGCCCGACAAGGAGUACGAGAACUGGCGAUGGAAACCCCUUCAGUGUGACCUGCCACGCUUUGAUGCCAGGAAAUUUCUAGAGUUGAUGAGGGGGAAGACAAUAGCUUUCAUCGGUGAUUCUGUUGCUCGAAAUCACAUGGAAGCAAUGUUGUGCAUUCUCUGGCAGGUAGAAACCCCAAGAAACCGGGGCAACAAGAAAAUGCAACGAUAUUAUUUCAAGUCAACAAAUACUUUUGUAGUCCGUAUUUGGUCCUCGUGGCUUGUCAAGCAGACAUCUGAAGCAUUUGAUUAUGCCCCAGAGGGUGUGGCCAAACUCCACCUUGAUGCCCCUGAUGACCGCUUGAUGGAUGUCAUACCACAGUUUGAUGUUAUUGUUUUCUCUUCUGGCCAUUGGUUUGCUAAGCAGUCUGUUUACAUCCUAAACAAUGAGAUUGUAGGAGGACAGUUGUGGUGGCCAGAUAAAUCGAAGGACAUGAAGAUUAACAACAUUGAAGCAUUUGGAAUAUCGGUUGAGACGAUUCUCACUGCUCUUGCUACACAUCCAAAUUAUACAGGGAUUGCCAUUGUUCGUUCCUUUUCACCUGACCAUUAUGAAGGCGGGGCUUGGAAUACAGGAGGAUCAUGCACUGGGAAAGUAAGGCCUCUUGCAGCUGGUGAGAGAGUGGAAAAUGGCUUUACAAAUAUAAUGCAUCAAAAACAGGUAAUGGGCUUUAACCGUGCAAUAAAGAAAUUGACAAACAAGUCAAAGCUGAAAUUGAUGGAUAUCACCGAAGCUUUUGAGUACCGUCAUGAUGGACAUCCAGGUCCAUAUAGAAGCCCUGACCCGAAUAAGCAAACAAAGCGUGGCCCUGAUGGAAGGCCGCCGCCACAGGAUUGCUUACAUUGGUGCAUGCCAGGUCCAGUUGAUACUUGGAACGAAUUUGUGCUUGAAAUCAUAAGAAGAGAAUAUGAGGACACCAAGAACUCAUCUUCAUGAGAGGUCCUUGUUGUGUGUGAGCUUCUUGCUGGGGUCUCUAAGUGGAAGAUAACUGGUUAGACAUCUGUUUUAUUUCCAGACUUAGAGCAAAAGCAAGAGCAAGAGAAAGAGCUUCCACAAUAGCAUUUUUUAUAUUCUACUAAACAGCUUAUAGAGAAAUUAUAUAUUGCACUAGAUCUGAGGAUUAGUGGCUAAUUCUGUAUUUGAAGAGUAAUACUAGCUUAGUCAUCAAAAUGAUUAUGUAAUCUAGUAUAGUAAGCACUUUCAUUUAGGUUGUACUACUGUCAUACAUUUCAAUUUGAAUGAAGAAAGAAAACAUAUCGAUUUUCACUUUC